AUGAGGUAUAGUUGCGGGCUGGGCUCGGCUGUGCCGAGGGAGCUCAACCCGCAGGACCCGGCUGGACGCUGCUGUGGGACCCCCCGGCCUCCCCGGCACAGCUCCCUCCUCAGGGGCUGCCGAACUCUCCCCAGGCUCCUCCGGACACCCGACCUCGCCAGCACUUCAGGAGGACCCCCUGCCCUCAAGGGAGCCCGGUUCCCUCAGCAUUUCGGGAGUCCUUCGCCCCUCAGCUCCCGCUGCCCUCGGCACCUCGGGGGUCCCGCUCCCUUCAGCUCCCGCUGCCCUCAGCGCUCAAGGGAGUCCCGGUCCCCCAGGGGUCCCCGCUCCCCUCACAGGGUCCCGCUGCCCUCAGCGCCUCAGGUGACCCCAACGCCCUCAUCACCUGAGGAGGGUCCGGAUCCCCUCAGAGUGUCCCAGUUCCCCCCGGGGCCCCGCUCUCCUCAGCCCUUCAUGGGACCUCGCUCCCCGCAGGGGCCCCGCUCCCCUCAGGGUGUCCUGCUGCCCCCAGGGGCCCCGUUGCCCUCAGGACCUCCCCGUUCCCACCCCCCCAGCGCUCCCCUCACGGACCCGCCGCCAUCGGCCCCGCACCAACCUGGCCACGGUCUCGCCUAG